AUGAAGGUGAAACCCGCAGUUGUGCUCCUGAUAGUGGCCCUUCUGGGCUGCCUACUCAAGUGCGGGCACAGUGUCAAACGGAAGAGGGGAAUAUGCGGCAAGCGCAGGGGGCUCCUUAAUAGAAGGCUGAAAUACAUCAACAGUAAACUCAUAAGCAGGAGGAAGGAAAAUUACGUUAAAGUCAAAAUGACUGAAAAUAAAGUUAAGGGUAAGGAUAUCAUCUACGGAAACGAAUGUCGAAACGAAUUGCUACGAGGUAUUUUAACUGUCUCAGAUGUGGUGAAGCUAACAUUAGGUCCGAGAGGAAGAAACGUACUUCUUGAGAAAGAAUAUGGAAGCCCCCUAAUAAUAAAUGAUGGAGUGACAAUUGCAAAAAACAUAUCCCUAAAGGAUAGAAAAAAAAACAAUGGAGUUAAGUUAAUGCAGGAAAGUACCAACAUAUCCAAUGACAAAGCCGGAGAUGGUACAAGUUCCACAGCAUUGAUGACAGCUACCAUCACAAGCAAAGGUAUUGAAGAAGUUAAUAAAAACCACAACCCCAUUCCUAUACAAAGAGGAAUACAGGUAGCCUCCAAAAUGAUUAUCGAGAAAAUUAAAUCAUUAUCUACACCAAUUAAAACUUAUAAGGAUAUUUUAAAUAUAGCUACUAUUGCAAGUAAUAAUGAUACACAUAUGGGAAGUAUCAUUGCCAAUGCUUAUGACAAGCUGGGGAAAAAUGCAGCUAUCAUUUUAGAUGAUAAUGCCGAUAUUAAUGACAAGUUAGAAUUUACAGAAGGUUACAAUUUUGACAGAGGAAUUAUUAACCCUUAUCUUUUGUACAAUGAAAAUAAAGACCACAUUGAAUAUAACAAUGUCUCCACUUUGAUUACGGAUCAGAAUAUUGAUAACAUUCAAUCCAUUUUACCUAUUUUGGAAAUCUUCGCUAAGAAUAAACAGCCGCUUUGUAUCAUCGCUGAUGACUUUAGCAACGAGGUGCUCCAGACACUCAUCAUAAAUAAACUGAAGGGUGCCAUCAAAGUGGUACCCAUAAGAGCCCCCUCCUUCGGAGACAGGCGCAAGGAUUACCUGAAGGAUCUGUGUAUCGUGACGAACAGUAAAUACAUAAGCGCCGACGUGGGUCUAGACCUAAACAACCUACACAACAACAUGAGUUCCUUCGACAACAACUACCUCACCCUCCUGGGAAGCGCAAACACACUCAUAGUGAAGAAAGAUAGAACCAGUUUAAUCACCAAGGAGGAGUACAAAAACCAGAUAGACGACAGGAUUAAAGUUUUAAAGAAGGAGCUUGAAGAAACGACAUCCAAGUAUGACAAGGAAAAGUUAAACGAGAGAAUAGCUGCGUUAUCAGGUGGAAUUGCCAAAAUAUUAAUAGGUGGAAAUACAGAAACGGAACAGAAAGAGAGGAAGUUUAAAUACGAGGAUGCAACCAAUGCAGUGAAGAGUGCAAUUGACAUUGGAUACGUUCCAGGAGGAGGAGUUACUUAUCUAGAAAUAAUCAAAUCGAACUUCAUAAACGAAAUACACAAAAAGAUUGAAGAAGAUCUUCAAAACACAGCGAACCAAGAAGAUAAAAAGUAUCUAGAUCUAGUGGGUAACUUAGAAUCCGAAAUGGAGCUCCGAAAAAUGGGAGCAAAUAUAGUAGUCAGUAGCUUAGAUGUAAUUACCAAACAAAUAGCAGACAAUGCAGGAGUGAAUGGAGAAAAUGUCGUGAAAAUUAUUUUAAAUUCAAAAGACAAAUACGGAUUUGGAUAUGAUGUUAAUACAAACAAAUUUGUGAAUAUGGUUGAGAACGGAAUUAUCGACAGCACCAAUGUGAUCAUUAGUGUUAUUAAAAAUAGCUGUAGUAUAGCAAGUAUGGUUUUGACCACCGAAUGUAUGAUGGUGGACAGUGAGAAAAAGGACAAGGGAAUCUUGGAUUCUAGCAUCAACUCGCCCAACUACCUGCAAAAGCAUAGACGGGCUGGAGGAUACAGCAGAAAACUAGACCAUAUGGAUGAUGACGAAGAUGAGGACGACCUAGACGAUGAAGAUGAUGAAGAGGAUGAGGAAGAUGAGGAAGAAGACGAUGAAGAUGAGGAUGAGGACGGUGAUGAGGAAGAGGAUGAAGACGAUGGGUACAACUACGAUGAGUAG